GUAUCCAAAUAACAUCUUCUUGGGUGUCUUUUUUUUUGUGUAAAGUUCUAGGUUGUUACAUCAUGGGUAGAAGGAUUUGUUAGAGGAAGAAAAUGGUGGUAAAAUACUUAUUAGAAUCGAAAACCAAGUUGUAAACUUAGCAUGAAUCGUGGUGUUAUCUCAGGAUCAUCAAAAUUUAGUUUGUAAUCUUAUUUGUAUCUCGAGUGACUUAAUUAGAUAUUAAUAACUAGUUGCAUGUCUCACAACUUGCUUUGAGAGGUGAUAUGUGCAAUGAAAGAUGACUCCGUAACAAUUUUUUUUUUAUAGUUAACGGAACGCCCUAAUAAGAUUAAGUGACAACCAUGAUGAGUCAACGGAUUUGCAGGUGAAAGUAAUCAUGUUGCAAACCUGGUCAUUAUGUCCAUAGAGCUUAUAGCCAUAAUUAAGUUCUUCAUUGAUGCAAGCUGCCCCCACAAUUUUCAUUUUUUAAAAAUAAUAAUAUCAGCCACAGGCCAUAACAAAAUGACUUAAAUCAGUGCUUGUAUCCACUGGGUUAUAGAUGGGGCUCCAUUAUUACUGAUGAACAUCCCUUUGAUUAAGUUAGAAAUAGAUCUGUCAUCCCAAACAAUGUUAUGUUACCCUUCUUCUUUAAACUUUGAAUCCACCAACUAGCCUUGUCUCAUGGUAGUUGUAUCAUAGACAUAGUAUAGGAACGAAUUCUCCUUCAUCAGAGACUUUCUAUGAACCCUAUCUAUUAAAUGAAGUGAGAAAAAUGUCCUUCCAAUUCAAUUUUGCUUGCUUGGUGAAAAACAUUGGUAGCUUUUUUUUUUUCUUCUUGAGACAAAUUGCUAUUAUCUCUACAAAUAGAAGCAAUGGAUAUGAAGACUACUACUUCGAGCUGAAGAUGGUGAGAAAUUCUUCUUUUACUAUUAGAAAAACAACCUCUUCCCUAAACAACUAGACUUGGCACAAACAAAACAUAUUAUAUAGCCUUUCACAUGGGACUAGUCACUCAUGGCACUUUCCUACAUUCAUUUUAGCAGAAGAUUGACCCUGCAAAAUAGUGAAUUAACUCAAAACUCGGAACAAUUCUUCGAUCUGUACGUGUCAUCCUUGCGCAGGGGCCAUGCCAAUCUUCUCUGUAUUGUUCCAAUUUUAUCAAAUGUCUUUGAAGAGACACGGGAUAGAGUUAAACACAAAACUUCCAUAGAGUGAUCUCCCAAGUUACUAAAUCUUCUUCCAAGCUAACAAAAAGGACUCACAUGUAAUUCACUAAGUGCUGACAAAUUGUUUGCAACUGGCCCAAACCAUGACAUCCCAAUAAUUUUGUGAGCCCGAGAAAGAAAUAGUGGUUAGGUAUUAAAACAAUUUCCAGAACCCCACCCCACGUUCCUGCAUGCCUCUUCUCUCUCCUCUUCUCCUCCUUUCUUUAUUCCCACAAAAUUUCUUCCCUGGUUUCAUUCAAUUCCUUAGCAACGCUCCCCACGUUCUCCCAAUUGCCAGAUCACACACUUCUCACACUCCCUCUCGCCUCCCCUUCCUUCCUAAACUUAAGCCUCUCUUAAUCAUAAGCUUAUGGCCUUUCAAUCAUUAGCUUUAGACCCUUGGACCCAUUAUAGAAGCCCAUUGAAUGCCUACUUCACAGAAUCUUAGAUAAGCCAUUGUGUUAUUCUCCUGAGAAGACUCCCAGUUUUUAAAUCCUUCCACUGCCUGCCUGAACUUAGCCUUCUCUGAGCUGUAUUGCCCCCUUGGUGACAAUUAAAAUAUGCUUAUGAUCGAUGAUCAAACAAUUUAGCUGGUGCUGGCGAGACAAUGAAACCAGCAUAUAAAUACAGUUUCAACUUGCUAAGCCUCACCAAUCCAUUCUCACAGUGAUCAUACAACCAAAGUCCUUCCUUUCUAUCACCACCCAAGUUUGUAACUCCACAAUGGAGCCUGAAGUAGUGGCCUUCGAAGCAAGUUGGAACUCAUUUGAUGCAGCAAUAUCGGCUGAAGAGUCUGAGAUAAUUGCCCACCUGCUAGGUGUUCAGGAAUCUCCUUAUGAGCUUGAUCAAGACAUGAGCAUCGCAAUGCCACCGAUAUUUUGGCCUGACCAUGGUGCUGAUCUAUAUAAUUGUUCAGACUUCGAAACUAAUAACAAUCCAUACUAUUUGUCUCAAGGGACAAGUAGUAGUACUACUAGUACUAGUAGUUUCUCUCUUCCCCUUGAUAACAAUGGAGGCUGCUGCUUCGUCAGUGAUUCUAAUGCUGUUCCACAGAUCAGCAAUAGCUCCACCUCGAUGGAUUUUAGCAUCGAGGAAGAGAAAAUUAUUGGGCGAUCCCUUCCAGCUGUUUCAUAUCAUCAAUUCAGUGAGCCAGUUUGUGCGACCGAGGAGACGAGCAGUGAUGAAUUCAGAAGCACAAGAGAGCAAUCAUCAGUGCCUGCUGUUCCUCUCCAUCAGACCUCACAAACCAUGAAGAAAAAGUUUCAUGCAGGUGAUGCUGAGCAGCCCAUGACGAAUGAGAAAGGUGGCACCUCUAUUGAAAGUCUUAAGAAGAAGGCCCGGGCCUGGGCACCGGUACCUAAGAAGGUGAAGAAGGCUCAGUCUAAGAAGGCCAAGAUUGUUAGUAGUGGCAAUGAGGAAGAGAAUAGUACUGCUGACUUAGAUAUGCAGAACUCCAGCUGCUGCAGCUCAGAGGAGGAUUCAAAUGCCUCCCAGGAGCUGAAUGGAGGAGGCGGCGCAAGCUCUAACUCCAAAGGAGGAACUCUGAGUCCAGGUGGGAAAAGAAAAACCAGUCGGGGGUCGACAACCGAUCCCCAAAGCCUCUAUGCAAGGAGGAGGAGAGAGAGAAUCAAUGAGAGAUUAAGGAUUCUGCAGAACUUGGUUCCCAAUGGGACCAAAGUAGACAUUAGCACAAUGCUUGAAGAAACAGUUCAAUAUGUAAAGUUUCUACAGCUCCAAAUUAAGCUUCUGAGCUCGGAUGAGCUGUGGAUGUACGCUCCAAUCGCUUACAAUGGGAUUAACAUUGGACUUGACCUAAAGAUUUCUCCAUCUCAACAGUAAGAUCUAAAUGGACUCGGACAUGGAGACUGCACCAACACUAACACCCAAACAGAAUGAUGCUGGAUCUGUGAUGUUCACAAGUCUUUAUUUAUAUCUUAGUUUUUUCAUAAAUUCAUUGCAUGGUAAACGGUUUAUCUGAAUAAGCUAUUCUGCCAUUCGAGGACUGAAACUUAAUGAUCACCUUGAUCAGAUCUCAUGUUCUUCUCAACUCUUCUUGUGUAUGUUCACUGUGAAGCAGAUGACGAGAUUGUUAGAUUCUUCGUUCA